AUGCAACGACAUGCCGAGGGAAACGAACAUGAAGUGAAUGAGCUGGACUUGGACUUUGAUGUAGAUCUGGGAAACUAUCCCUCCUCUGCGAUCAGUUCGUUCCAGGAUAUGUUUUCUGGGGUUAUGUAUCAGAAACACGUUGGUCAGCUUGCCAAUUUUAGCACUGAGACUUCAUUGGAGUGUUUCUCUAUCGACGAUAAAGGACCACGAGGGCUCACACUACAUGAGAGCAACCUCAGCACCUUACUAGCAGAAGCCGGCGAGAGAUGCGUUGAGGUACCAGCUAUAUGCAUGCAACCAGAUCCAAGAAUUACCGUAUCGAACCGGAAAGCACUCUUGUUCUUCAUUCCCUUGAAGCAUACAAAAGAUACAGCGUCUUACGGACAUUCCGUCCCCAUGACAGAAUGCGCUGUCAAGAGACUCUUUAGCUCCUUACAGCUAAACCCAGACUUUCUACAAAAUCUUCUUGGUCGAUCUGACUACUGGGCUCCACAACCACGCUGGCGCGAAGAAAAUGGCAAACUAUCUCGACUAGCCCAAGGCGCUCCAUUAUCUGUUUAUACGAGAUAUAAUGCUCAAAGAGAUUUGCUCAUCUACUUGAUCCCCCAUAAACCGGACGACAAAUUCCGAAGAUUCCAAUGGCUACUCAUUAACCAAGUCGACGAUCAACUGGCUGGUGUCGAACAGCGAGGGAGGAUGGAACUUGCGAGUUGGCUGAAAAAUGUGCAGAUCAUGGCACAAGGGGUUGAUUCACACCUUGCCAAUGCGCAAGUCUUCUUGUAUACAGCACGCGGUAUCUGUGAUAUGGCGACGAAGCUCACCUCGCUGGGCGAAGACGAAAGAGGACCGAGGCAGCGGACGGUGGAUAUGGCCAAUUACCUGGUCACGAGCAUGGAGAAACAGCACAUGUGGUUUUUGAAUUACAGAGGCCGAAAGGACGUCAUCAUGAACUUGAUCUCGCAUCUGAACGCGCAAGAGCAUACCCUGAACACGAUACAGAUUGCCGCCGAGACGAAGAGAGAUAGCACUAGCAUGACAUCGAUUGCGCUGCUCACCAUGGUCUUCUUACCUGGAACUUUCACCGCUAUUGUGUUGAGUGCUGGAAUCUUCCAGUUAACGCCCAAUACGACUUCUUUCGAGGUGACAGGGCUGUGGUGGUUAUGGGUGGUUACUACUGUACCGAUCACGUUCAUCGCUGUAGCUUGUUGGUACUUGUGA